AGUUGUUUUCUAAACUUUAUAUGGAUAAUUUUCAAUAAAAUCAUAUUUAAAACUAUUUAAAAUCGUAUGAGUGUGUUAAAUAAUUAAAAGAGAAAAUGGCUAUAAAUUUAGAUAAAAAUAAGGAAUCAUUAAAAGCCGCUUGGAAAGAUGUCCUUAAUGAUAAAACCGAUACAAAUUGGGCAAUAUUUGGCUACGAAGGACAAACCAAUGAUCUUAAAGUUGUAAGUACAGGGUCUGGGGGUAUCGAAGAAAUGAUCGAAGAUUUAAAUAGUGGUAAAAUAAUGUAUGCAUUCUUAAAAGUAGACGAUCCAAAAACUACUUUGCCCAAAUACGUUCUGGUCAAUUGGCAAGGUGAAGGUGCAAAUAUUGUACGUAAAGGUACAUGCGCUAAUCAUGUUCGUGAUGUAGCAAACUUUUUCUCUGGUGCACAUGUUACAAUGAACGCUCGUAACGAAGAAGAUCUAGAACCGCAGAUAGUUAUCGAUAAAGUAGCAAAAUCAACUGGAUCAGCGUAUAGUUUUAAGGCACCACGUACUAGCGAAACAAUUGAAGCACAAAAACCAGUCGGUACAAAUUAUCAACGUGUAAAUCCGGUCAAAGAAAUUAAUGCACAAGAACGUAAUCAAUUUUGGUUGCGCGAAGAACAAGAAGAGAAGAAACGUAUUGAAGAAGAACGGAAACGUCGUGACUUGGAUCGACAAAAAAUGGAAGAAGAAUUAAAACGACGUGAAAUCGCUGAAACUGCUUCAAGAGAUAUUCAAGAUGAAAAAAGAAAUGCAUCGAUUAAUGAAAUGCGGCGUAUUGAAGCACAAGCUGUUUGCUUAGAAAAUAAACAAAAACUGGAUAAAGAAACAGAACGUUUGGAUCGAGAACCAGAGGAAAAACAUAACACCACGGGGGAUGAUCUGCGAAAACAACGAAAUCAAGAGGCACAACAAUUAAUAGGGAAACGUACGUCGAAUGCACGCUCAAUAUUCGAACAAAAUACAUCAGCGGGUCAAAUGUCGUCACCGUCGAAAGUAUUCAAUUUACAAGCUCCACCUGCCUCGAAACUAGUUAAUAAUACACCGAAGGUCGAGGCACCCAUUGAAGAACCACCGACGCCUGUCGUCCCAGUAAUCAAUAAUAAUAAACAAAUCGAAGAUUUACAACAGUCGCAACAAAUCGUGUCCGAUUUAGAUUCAGAUGAACAGGAACAAUUCUCAACAAUUAAACGUUCACCAAAAUCACCGAAUAAUGAUGUAACAGCGGAAAAUUUAAAGAAUCGUGAAAUUCAUGGCACAGCGGCAUUAGCGAAUAAUUCAACGAUUGAUAAAAUUAUUGAGAAAGUACGAAAGGAUGAAAGUAAACUACCGCCAAUUGUUACCGAACAACAAAUUGUUGAUGAAAUGGUUUAUCAAGAUUUAGGGGAUGAUUUAGGCUUAAGGGCACGUGCAUUAUACGAUUAUCAAGCUGCUGACGAUACAGAAAUCACAUUCGAUCCAGGUGAUAUUAUCACACAUAUUGAUCAAAUUGAUGAAGGUUGGUGGCAAGGUUUAGGUCCGGAUGGUACAUUUGGAUUAUUUCCAGCAAAUUAUGUUGAACUGAUAUUUUAAGUUAAAGCAAAAACACAACAACACACAACAAACUUAAAUUUUUAUGCUUCGAUAUUUCAAAAUAAGAUUUUUGCUAUA